GCAGUUGGAAGACUGUAGAAAUGAAAUACGCAGUUUUAUUAUUAUUACUCGGUGUGCUAUUAGCCACAACUUUGCUCAGCGCUGCCCAAAAGCAGACGGGGAAGACAAAGAACAAGUUGAAGUCGAAGAAUAAGGUGAAGACUACGCCAGCACCACAAGUGGAGAGACAGGUGCUCCAAAAAGCCGAACGAUGCUCGGCGACCAAGUGUAAGUUACCCGAUUGCCGUUGCUCCGAUGCAACAUUGCCACGACCCAAGUUCAAGGGCAAGGAAAAGGAAAUACCGCAGUUCGUUACCAUUACCUUUGACGAUGCUGUGAAUGCCGUCAACUAUGCCCAAUAUGAUCUGCUCUUCGAUGGUUUGACCAAUCCCGAUGGUUGCCCGGCAACAGGCACCUUCUUUCUGUCCCACGAGUAUACGGAUUACGUGCGUGUGAAUGCAUUGUAUAAUGCAGGUCAUGAGAUUGCUCUGCACUCGGUGACCCAUGGAGAUGGUACGGAUUAUUGGCGUGAGGCGGAUGUGCAGACAAUUGAGCGUGAGUUUGGAGCACAGCUGCAAAUCCUUGAGACAUUCGCCAAGGUCGAUCCGAAGACGGUGCAAGGCAUGCGUUUGCCCUUCCUGCAAAUCUCGGGCAACAACACCUUCGAGGCGGUCAAGAACUUGGGUCUGACCUACGACAGCUCCUGGCCCACACAACAGUACAAUGAUCCGGCCAUGUGGCCCUAUACGCUGGACUAUUUGUCCGUGCAGGAUUGCCAGAUCGGUGCCUGUCCGAGUGCUGCCUUACCCGGUGUCUGGGUGAAUCCCAUGGUCACAUGGACUGACACGGAGGGCUACAGCUGUUCCAUGAUCGAUGCCUGUGUCUAUCCUCCCGAGGACGAUGUGAAUGCUCUGUUCGAGUGGAUGCUCGAGAACUUUAAUCGUCAUUAUCAGGGCAACAGGGCUCCAUUUGGCAUGUAUCUACAUGCCGCUUGGUUCUCACGCGGACGCAACAACUUUGCCGCCUUUAAGAAAUUCAUGCACCAUUUGAGCACCUAUCCGGAUGUUUACAUGACUGGCAUUUCCCGCAUGCUGGAGUAUGUGAAAAAGCCAGUGUUGGGUCAACCCUUCAAGAGCUGUGAGGUCAGGACUAAAACCGAAUGCCAACCGGUUCAUUGCAAUGUCCAGAAGACAACCACCGGAGAGACACGGUACAUGAGCGUCUGUGACAAGUGUCCAGUUGUCUAUCCCUGGCUGAAAAAUCCAUUGGGUCUGGAUAUGUAACAUAAAUGUAGUCAGCCAAUAAAUACUGCACAAUAUAAUGAAGCUAC